GAGAAACGUCUCUUCUGCGGACACAGGGCGCAGCGAGGGCCCGGCGCACGGUGGGGUUGGGCUGGUGCGCAGUGGAUAAACGCAUGGAUGCUGUGUUUCAGAACAGACAGCUCCUUGUUGUUCUUCUAGUAUUGACGAAAUGGGAUUAGAUUUAAAACGCAAAUGGCGCACGGAAUUGUCCAGAACAGGCAUUAGUAAAAACCCAUUUAAGCUAAUUAGUGAAUGCUAGUUUUUUGAUGCAUUCCACGUUUAUUUUUGGGAGUCGCUUUUCUGCAGCAUUCUACGUCGACACACGCAAUCCAGGUGGGCAGCAUGUUGACCAGUAUCACCGAGAGUAUCCUGUGCUGUCUGACGGGGAAAACCAACAGCCUGGUCCUGCCUCUGGAGUCCUCCCAGCCCUCAGACGGUUAUGAAUUUGUGGAGGUUAAACCAGGCCGGGUCCUUCGAGUCCGGCACAUCGUCCCAGAGCGCCCCCCGGUGACACCUAACGACACAACCAACUCCAAACUGAACCUGGAUGACCUGAGAGAAGACGACAGCACCGUGCACUGCAAACGGAAAAUCACCGUCUACCGCAACGGCCAGCUCCUCAUUGAAAACCUGGGAGAUGUUUUACACUCUGAACUCUUUCAGUGCCAGGACGGAGACUUGGAGCCGUGCAGCACUGUGGAAGUGGAACUGGCCGACUACAAGGAAAUGCCCUCAUCCCCGGACCCUAACCCCGUCCCCCCGCAUGUGUCUGAUGAACAAAAACCAGCGGCCCCUCCCCGGAGACGCCGACGCAGACCCAAGCGCACUGUCCUGAUCGAUUCGCAGAGGACCAUCUCCAGCUGCAAAGGCACACACUCGGACGUAGCACUGUUUUUCGUGCAUGGGGUGGGGGGGUCCUCGGAUAUUUGGAAGAGCCAGUUAGAUUUCUUCUCGCGGCUGGGCUACGAGGUGAUUGCUCCAGAUUUGGCAGGACAUGGGGCCAGUAGAGCUCCACAGAUCGCAGCAGCGUACACGUUCUAUGCCCUGGCAGAGGACCUGAGGGCCAUAUUCAAGAGAUAUGCACGCAAACGCAACAUCCUCAUCGGACACUCCUAUGGGGUGUCAUUCUGCACGUUCCUGGCUCAUGAGUACCCUGAGCUGGUGCAUAAGGUGGUGAUGAUAAACGGAGGAGGCCCCACUGCUCUGGAGCCCAGCCUCUGCUCCAUCUUCCAGCUGCCCUCCUGUGUUCUGCACUGCCUGUCGCCCUGCCUGGCCUGGAGCUUCCUCAAGGCUGGCUUUGCUCGACAAGGUGCCAAAGAGAAGCAGUUGUUGAAGCAGGGGAAUGCCUUUAACGUGUCGCCGUUUGUGCUGAGGGCCAUGAUGAGCGGUCAGUACUGGCCCGAGGGAGACGAGGUGUACCACGCCGAGCUGACCACACCCAUCCUGCUGGUCCACGGCCUGUGUGACAAGUUUGUACCCAUGGAGGAGGACCAGCGCAUGGCAGAGAUCCUGCUCUUUGCCUUUCUCAAAGUGAUCGAGGAGGGCAGUCACAUGGUCAUGAUGGAGUGCCCCGACACCGUCAACACGCUGCUACACGAGUUCUUUCUAUGGGAACCAGACCUAUCCAACCAGAAUCAAACCAGCUCCAUCACAGAGAAGACCCUACCCCUCAGUAACACUUACCAGACACUAAGAAUCUCAAAGGGUGGAGAUAAAUAACCAAAAAGCUGAAAACAAUUCAAUAUUUCUCCACCAAUCAGAUUGGUUUUGGCAUUUAUGUCCGUGGCGUCCUAUUGGCUGUUUGCUGUUGUAAGCGCAGCCUCAUUUUUGGGAUGAGGAAGGCCAGUGAGUGAUGUGAAAGAAGGCGGACUAAAAGCAGAUUGCAGAAUGGACUAGUUUCUGGAGAAUGGGACACAAAAAUAUAUAGUUUCAACUUUGUGCUUAUGGAAAUAUUCACAAUAAUAUUUGGGGUUUGAAAGGACUAUGUCAGUUUUUGCUGCGAGAAACACGUCUUCUCAUAUGGUGUUUGAGUUACUUAUAUAUUCUGCGACUGGUGUUGUGAAGAAAAAAAAAAUUAACAGAAAAAUAUGAAAAGUAUUGUCAAUUCUAACACUCACACAUUGGUGGAUUUAUUUAUACAUGCGAGAUAUUUAUUUUCGUAACUUAUUGUCCCGAUCCAAACCUAAAAGUGUGUCGGUGUGAAGCACAAUGCAACUUCAUUCAUGCAUGAGAAUACAAUGAUACUCUAUAGCUGAAGUGGUUGCAAUAAAUACACAAAUAUAUCAUUUCUAAAUGCUAUUUCAUAAAUAGUACUCACAUCAGUAUCCAAAGGCCCUGCAUGACUUACAAUGCAACAGUGAGUGAAACAAAAACAUAAGAUAUACAAAUAAAUGUGUAGGUUUCACUUUGUGUAUUUGUACAACUAACAGUGGAUGGUAGAAAUGAAUGGACCAUGUAACAAGAAAGUUAACUUGACAUUUACUACAUUUGAACUAGAGCUGUUGAACUGGGUAGUACCUGGAGGACUAAAGAAAAGAGGGAGGAGGGAGGAGGGGCCUGGUCUGGACAUAUGAAGAACAGUGUGAUUGGUCUAACAGGUAUCCACACUUCAAACUCUGCCCUUGCAGCCAGGUGUUUGUAAUCUGAAACAGUUGGCUGUAAACAGGGCAGAGGCAUGUGAUGUCACAAACUACUUGAAAUUGCAUUGGCUACUGGAGCCAGGACACACCGACUUUGUACAUGUUUGACCACAAAGCUAGUUUACACUAGAAUUGCCCAAAAAAUGGACUGAAGAUAAUGCUAUUCAAACUCUGUAUACACAACUUAGUACCAAAAAAGUUGGUUUAGUGUUUAGUUCCACUUUAAACAUGCAACGGAUUGACUGAAUGCUAAAUGUUAGCUAACAAAACUGUUCAAAUGUGAUACUAUGCUCAUUUAUUGCUAUGUAGCUACAUAUAGCAAGUGACUAAAGUGACUAGUGUUCGUAAAUGCCUUAGUAUCAAACACUAGCUACAGUCUUUUUUAAAAUUGUAUGUAAAAUAUGUGGAAAGAGAGCUGCCCUUCUUCCAAAUGUAUUCCACUCAUACCAAUUGAAAAUGUUUAUAAUUACUAACCUUAAAAAGUUUCAAGCGACUAAUAUUACUCGCGUGCUGCUAAAACAGUUGGGGCACCUGAUGGUGUCAACGCCUACUGCACCCACUUAAGCCUAUACAGACCAUCUGUAAUCAAAAUAGUUUUAUGUACUUAUUAUUCCUUAUUACGUAUUCAUAUAUUUUAAAUUGACUUUCAAAGGCUUUACAUGAGUAUGGGGGUUAAAUAACAUUUUAAUUUUAGUCAUAAUAUUGCACCAUUUUAUAACAAAAAGGACAUAAAUAGUUGAUAUAGUUGGUAAAUUAUAAAUAAUAGUGCCACCCUUGGGCCACCCCAGUGAAUACAUACUCGAUACACCUCCUGUAAGACACUCAAAUUCACCUCAUUGAAAUUAAGAGGAUUCUUCACUUAACCAAAAGUGUCACCACAAAGAAAGUGCAGGUAAAAGUGGGUGGGGCAGAAUUACGGCAAUAGAAUUUAAGUGGUGUCUGCGUACCACAGCUUGAGAACCUCUGAUCUAGUCCAUGCAUUAUAGUUAUCAAUCAUUCAUGUCCAUUCAUUUCUACUGUCUAUGCAGAAACAUAGGCUGCCAUAAAGAUAAACACCACUGUAUUCUUUCAAGAAAACUGAAACUGAAAACUGAAACUAUCCUCUUAUGUUAUUUUUCAGUGUCUGUCAAUGUAAUUCUGAACCUAUAAGCUCACUCAAAAACAUUCAAGUAUUGGGUGUUACUUUGUCUCAUAAUGGGACAGUAUGGUGCAGAUGCUAGCACACUGAAUAUAAGCUCCCGGGCAGUGCUUUUCUAUUGUUCAAACUGUUGUGGAAAAGUGUCCAGUGUGCAGGGGUGGAAAGAGAACUGAACAUUUGUACUCAAGUAAAAGUACAGUUACAUAGCAAAAAAUGCACUCAGUUACCAGUGUUGGCAAGAAUACUUUGAAAGUGUAGUUACAAAAUACUGAAUACCUGCAGUCUGCAGAGCGAAAUACCACCAAUUUUACUCACUUUUUUGGUACAUGUAUUUACAUCCCAACAUUUUCCAUUAGAGAUACUUCUGCCAAAUUUGUACUAAAGGAAAAAAAGUACACAUGAAAAAUAUUUCUCAAAGUAAUAGUUACUUUCAAAAGCAAUUGGUAGCACAGCCAUUGCAGUAAGAGCUAAUACUGCUGGAUAAUAACGGAAGACAAAAUAUGAUGCAGAGACGUAGAUGUGGUUUGGCCAGCAUGCACUUAGAACUGGAAAUGAGCCGCUGCCAUUUAUUUACAAUUGCACAAACCAGAAAGUGGGCCACUGGGUCAAUUAGAGACACAACAUUACAUAUAAUUCAACAGGACGUUUAGCAUUUUAGAUCAGUAUUUUAUACUGUAAUCAGUAACUACUAUGGUUUUGAAUGUAACUAAUUACAUUUACAUGGGUAGUAUUGUAAUCAAUUACAAUUACAAGUACAUGUUUGAAAUUCUACAUAAAAAAGUAUGAUCACUCAAAAAAUGUACCCAAUUACAGUAACUUCAGUAUUUGUAUUCAGUUACUUCCACCCCUGCCAGCGUGUAAAUUUGAGUUAACCAAAGGUGGACGUCCCGCUGGAGAGGAGGGGCACCCACAACACUGGUCUGUUAUGGAGGACUAGUUUUAUGCAACAAAUAUGUACACGGAGGAAUCAUGGACGACAAACAAACUGGAACUGAGUAUAUGGACUUUCCAAAACCGCCAAGUGCUGCUGAUGUGUUGUUUUGUUUUUUUGUUUGUUUGUUGCUGUCUCCUUGGUGAGUGAAAGGUGUUAAAACAAUUUCUCCUUUCUCAAAAUGUGCAUUCACGAACUGUCAGUGCUCCGGUGUGCUCUCCUCCCGUUGUGGUUAAUCCAAUGUAUUAAUGUUAUUCUUGCAUUUAUUCAUAAAAGUCAUAUUAUAUGCACUGCCUGAAUGUAGAUGCAUAUAUAUACUGUUAUAUCUAUCAAAACAGUUGGAUUUAUUGUCUCAAUGUGCCUUUCCUGGCAUGAAAUAAACAGAUCUUCACAGUCU